CUCCUCCCUUUCUCUCAGCAUCCUUGGGGACGUACAGGAAAGAGAAAGCGGAGGGAGUGCCCUCGGCUUCACCACCGUUAGGACCAAAAACGGGGAAAGCCAGGUGAAAUGAUGCAGAGGAAAGUAAAGCCUCCCCCAGGGGUGGGUCCAGGCCGCUCUGCAGAACUACGUGUUUUUCGUGGCCCCCCAAGUACGGCCCAUGAAUCUCGUCUACCUGGUGCACCUCUUAGACGCCAGAGGUCUCUUACAAAUCUUUCCGUGUUGACCGAUGCUGAGAAGAAAUUACGCCUGUGUGGUCCUGACUGGUGUGAUGACCUAUCUGCAGUGACGCCUCCAAGGAACCAUAAUGUGGGCCCCCCAUCACCUGCCAUGUCCAGGGUGCUAUCUCGCUCAGAACACUCCCUUCUUCAACCCAGGACACCUAGCCGCAUUCCCCGUGGUCCAUAUGCUGAGGUAAAACCACUAAGUAAAACCUCAGACACCACCACUGGUGGCCCCCCAGCAGAAGACCCUACAAAAGAGCCUUCUGAGGACAAGAAGGCAUUCCUCAAAGUGGACCCCGAACUAGUGGUGACUGUUCUGGGCGAUCUGGAGCAGCUGCUCUUCAGUCAGAUGUUGGAUGCCGACACCCGGAGCUCCUUCUUCACCGCCGAUGCCUCCGGACCUCUUCCCCGACGUGGACAAGCCUCUUCUCUGAUCUUGACACGACGACUGAACUCCUCAGAUCCUGAGACUCAACGAAAAAGAACUGUCCAAAAUGUGCUGGAUCUCAGACAAAAUUUGGAGGAGACAAUGUCCAGUCUUCGAGGAUCUCAGGUAACACACAGCUCUUUAGAUAUGACAUGUUAUGACAGUGAUGAUGCCAAUCCACGCAGUAUUUCCAGUCUGUCGAAUCGCUCUUCUCCUGUGUCCUGGCGUUAUGGACAGGCCAGUCCACGCCUGCAAGCAGGGGAAGCUCCCUCACUUGGUGGUUGUCGUUCUGAACAUGGUGGAGGAGCCUGGCAGUUCUCUCACACUAUGCCCCUCCGUGGGGGUUCACGAAUAUGCAGCAUUACCCAACGUUUAGAACUUCUAGAAAGUGGUGGCCAGGAUUUGAAAUCAGGUUAUGGAAGUGACUCUGACUGUAAAUUGGCAAAAGAGGUGACACAUGAGGAUGAUGAUAUUAUUACAAGUUGGGAUGAGAGCAGUUCCAUAAGCAGUGGUCUGAGUGAUGCUUCAGGAAACCUUAGUUCCGAGGAAUGCAACGCCAGUUCUUCUCUUACCUCUUUACCAUCCACGCCAACUGCAUCGCGACGAAGCUCAACUAUUGCUCUACGCACUGAUUCUGAAAAGCGGUCACUGGCCGACAGUGGAUUAAGCUGGCACAGUGAAUCAGAAGAACGUGGUCCUCGCAAGAUGGAGUAUGACAGUGGAAGCUUAAAGUCAGAGCAUGGUUCAUCCCGCUGGCGCAGAGAAAAGAAUGAUGAUAGUGCAAAAUCUAAUAUAAAGAAACCUGUCAGUCUGGGACAGCCAUUGCGGAAAGGAAAAAACCCACCCGUUGGUGUUACAUCGCCUAUCACCCAAACUGGACAAGCAGUUUCCAAAGGAGGAGGAGCUAAGCCUGAACAGAAAGCAGUUGAUAAGUCUAAACUGACCCUAAAAACUUCUGGACUGCAGCGGUCAUCUUCUGAUGCAGGACGAGAUCCUCGAUCACCUGACACAAAGAAACCUCCUUCAGGCAUUAACCGUCCAGGAUCAUCUUUUGGCUAUAAGAAGCCAACUGCCCCUUCUUCUCCACUCACUGGUAAUUCAGCCACUCUAGGUAAAAUGCCAAAAUCUUCAGGGAUCCCUGUUAAACCUGCUUCAGGGUCUGUAAGUGGGAACCGGAAGACAAGCUUAGAUGUUACAGGAGUAGCAGAACCCGGGUUCCUCUCUCCAUCUGCCCGCACCAAUAUACAGUACCGUAGCCUUCCACGACCUGCCAAAUCUAGCUCUAUAAGUGUUACUGGGGGUAGAAGUGCUGGACGGCCACUAAGCAGCAGUGUGGAUGCCAGUCUUGUGCCAGUACAAGGAAAGUCUAUGGGGACUCCGUCUACCCGUCUUAAGGAGCCAUCAAAAGUUGGCGGAGGUCGACUGGGAGUCAACCAAACUGAUCGUGAAAAAGAAAAGGCUAAAGCAAAGGCUGUAGCUCAGGACACAGAAUGCAGAGCAAACGCUAAAGUGGAUGCAAAUAUGGCAAAUGUAAAGGAAGGAGCUCCAACCACACCUCACAGGGCUACGGCAAAACCUUUCAUUAAGACACCUGCCUUAUCAAAUCUUGAUAAAGUCAACUCAAACAGCCUAGAUUUUACUCCUUGUGUUACAGAUUUGGUGCCAAGUAAACAGCUCGAAGUCCCUACUGGUGUUGCUUGUCUGACACCAAGUCCUGCACCUAUCCUAAACAUCAAUUCAGCCAGCUUUUCCCAGGGACUGAAUAACUUUAGAAUGUACCCAAAAUUGUCAGGGUUACAUCGUAGCAUGGAGUCACUUCCUCUCACUAUCAGUGUCCCUCCUGCCCAGUAUACUGGAGAUGGUGAUGAUCAAACACCAGAUACCGGGUGGAAUGAUAGCAACCUCAAGUCACCUGCACCAGAGUGUUCUGUCCAGGAUCGAAACACGUUACCAAAAAAAGGAUUGAGGUAUCAGUCACAUUCUCAGGAUGAACCCAAGGAGAGGCGUCAUUCACACACCAUUGGGGGCAUUCAAGAUAAUAGUGAUGACUUAUCUCCUCUACCUCCACCUUUACCACUUACUAACUUAGGAAAAAAAAACUUAGCAUGUUUGGUGAGUCCUUCUUCUGCUCCUCGUAUUGCUCGGUCAAGCAGUAUUCCAGCUCAAGACUCUUCUUUUGAACUUUUCAGUUCUUCAAAUUUAGGGAGUUCACUAUCUCUUGCUGAUCGGCCUAAAGGAACAAUGACUCGAUCAGGGUCAUUUAAAGACCCUCCUGAUGAUGUUCACGGUUCUGUUCUGUCUCUGGCAUCAAGCGCUUCUUCAACAUAUUCCUCUGCUGAGGAAAGGAUGCAGUCAGAGCAAAUUCGGAAGCUACGAAGAGAACUCGAAUCCUCACAAGAAAAAGUGGCAGCUUUGACUACUCAGCUGUCUGCCAAUGCAAAUUUAGUUGCAGCAUUUGAACAGUCUUUAGUGAACAUGACUUCGAGGCUACGUCAUCUAGCUGAUACUGCACAAGAGAAGGACUCUGAACUUGUGGAACUGAGGGAAACUAUUGAUUUACUUAAAUCAAAGAACUCUGAAGCACGAGAUGUUAUUCAAGGUGCUCUCAAUCUACAUGAUCCUGCACCCAGAGAGCUUCGAAUUAGACGUCAGAAUUCAUCUGAUAGCAUUUCCAGCUUAAAUAGCAUAUCAAGCCACUGUAGUGCAGGGAGUGUCAAGGAUAGUGACAACAAAAAGAAGAAAAAGAAAAGUUGGCUGCGCAGCUCAUUUAAUAAAGCAUUCAGUAUGAAAAAAGGACCCAAGUCAGCCACCUCCUACUCUGAUAUUGAAGAGAUGGCAACUCCUGACUCAUCUGCACCAACAUCACCAAAACAACACCAUAGGCCACCAGGUCCAGAGUCACCUUCCUUGCAUUCCUCACCUUCAUCCUCAGUUAUAUUUGAAGCUCAAGAAGGUGAGGAGCCAGAGAAGAGAGAAGUGUCUAAAUUACGGUCAGAGUUAUGGGAGAAAGAGAUGAAGCUAACUGACAUUCGCCUGGAAGCACUUAAUUCUGCCCACCAGCUGGAACAGCUUAGAGAGACCAUGCAUAAUAUGCAGCUGGAAGUUGACCUGUUAAAGGCAGAAAAUGAUCGUUUGAAAGUGGUACCUCCCUCAGUACCCACAAUCAAUCCUUCUGCUUCUCCACGACGUUCAUUGGCAUUGACUCUAAACCAGUCUUUAGGAAUCUCUGCAUCAUCAGAUACAGACUUUUCUCCAAUAGAUGGCGUGAACGGUUCUCUUCAAAGGGAAGUUACACUCCGUACUGUAGUGAGAGUACCCCCACAGCAUAUUAUUAAAGGUGAUCUGAAGCAGCAGGAGUUCCAUUUGGGCUAUGUAAAAAUUAGUAACAAAGCUGACUGGAAAAGUCUGGACGAUGCUGUUUGCCAAAUUUUCUUGGAUUAUGUUAAUCAGGUUGACCCUGGAGCUACAUUAGGUCUAGGGAGAGAUUCUCUGACUGGGUACAACCUAGGACACGUGAAGAGGGAUCUAGAUUCACAUACUCCUGAUACUCUUCCUUCCAGAAACCUGCGCAGCACUACAAAUAUUAUUUUGCACUUAAAAGGUCUGAAGGAGAGAUGCGUUGACCUCCUUGUGUUUGAAUCACUUAUACCUAAACCAAUGCUCCAGCACUAUGUUAGCUUGCUGCUUAAGCAUCGACGGUUGCUAUUGUCUGGUCCGAGUGGGACUGGGAAAAGCUUCCUAGCACAUAGACUGGCUGAAUAUUUGGUGGAAAGAUCAGGACGAGAGGUCACUGAAGGCAUAGUUACUGCUUUCAAUAUGCAUCAGCAGUCUUGCAAGGAUCUGCAACUGUAUUUGUCCAACUUGGCAAACCAGAUUGACAGAGAGACAGGCCCUUGUGAUGUCCCUUUAGUCAUUUUACUGGAUGAUGUUAGUGAAAGUGGAGCCAUUAGUGAAUUGGUGAAUGGGGCCUUGACCUGCAAAUAUCAUAAGUGCCCUUACAUUAUUGGAACUACCAAUCAGCCAGUGAAAAUGAGUCCAAACCAUGGACUCCACAUAAGUUUCAGGAUGCUAACUUUCUCUAACAAUGUGGAACCAGCAAAUGGGUUCUUAGGUCGAUAUUUACGUCGAAAGCUGCUAGAAUCUGAGGGCAGCAUUGGAACUGGACAUGGGGAGCUACUCAAGGUUCUUGAUUGGGUCCCUCGGCUGUGGUACCAUUUGCACACUUUCCUGGAGAAACACAGUACCCCAGACUUCCUCAUAGGUCCUUGCUUUUUCUUGUCCUGCCCAAUUGGAAUUGAGGAUUUCCGUGUAUGGUUUAUUGAUCUGUGGAACAACUCUAUUAUUCCAUACCUUUCAGAAGGAGCCAAGGAUGGACUCAAGGUUCAUGGACAAAGAGCUGCCUGGGAAGACCCAGUUGAGUGGGUUAGAGGCACACUACCCUGGCCUCUGGCACAACAGGACCAGUCAAAGUUGUUACAUUUACCGCAACCCACUGUGGGUACCAGUCUCUCGGCAUCACCACCUAGAGAACACAUUGUGAAGGAAUCACCACCAGCUUCCUUGGAGUCAGACCCACUGAUGGCAAUGCUCUUAAAACUCCAAGAAGCAGCCAACUAUAUUGAAUCACCUGACCAAGAGACUAUGUGUGACGGUGAUCUAUCUUCCACCAUCUGAAGAUUCAAAUAUCUUCCGAAAGCAGUCUGAAACCACAAUAGGAUACCUAUUCUCUAUACAAUACCCUAGUUGCAAAAUGGAGCGAAAUUAUAUUAUUUAGAUGCAUUCAGAUUUUUAUUACCCUAUUUCACCUCUAUUUCUGAAUAAUUAUGUAAUCCUGGCUCAGAAAUCAAAAAGCAAGUGUUGCCACAGAUGCUUUUUUUUAUUACAUGUUAUUUUAUUUUAUUUUUUAUAAUGGCAAAUUCAUAAAUCAAGUUAUAGGAGGAAGUUCCUACUUAUUUUAUUUCUUAUAUGUUAAGUACUGAGUCUGAAUUACUACAUGAAUGCCAGCUUUUUUGUCAAGGACAAAAGAGGUGGCUAUUAUUGUUAUAAAAUAUAAUAUCCAAAGACACCAAAAGGUCCAUUAAACUGCACUGUGUGGACCUAACCAAAAUAUUAUUUCUUCUGUUAAGCAUAUUUCUCAUGCUAUUCUUUUGCCAAUUGGAACUCCCCUCUCUCUCACAAAAGCAUGCUAGACAUAAUAAUGGGUACAUAUAUACUGCUAUAUGAUUUGUUUUUAGAAAAUUUGAAGUCAGAUAUAUUUUUCUAAUUUUCAGUGCGGCCACAUGGUCAGAUUUCCUAAUGCAGUUUUGGAAGUCAAAAUCAGGAGUGGAUCAUAAAAAGAGAGAAAGUUUAAAGGACAGAUACUUCUUCUCUUUUUUUUAAUUACCUGUUGGUUUUGGCUUCCAGAACUGCAUCAGGAAACCUGAUCAUGUGGCCGUACCUUUAAGGGUAUGGGCAGAGGCAUAGCUAGGGGUUCACCAAACCCAGUGGGCCCCCAAUGUGUAUUUACAACUACAGAAGUGCAUCCUAAGGCUGGGUUUCCACAGUUUUCAGGUUUUUUGUUGAUGUUUUUAAGCCAAACCCAGGUGUGAAUCAUUAAGGGGGAUAAAAAACUGUAUAUAGGACAGGUGCUACUACUCCUCUUUUAUUCAGUGCACUCUUGGUUUUGGCUUCAAAAACCUAAACAAAACCAGAAUGUGGAUACCCAGACUAAUAUCAGUAGUUAUAUUGAAUUCCAAUUGAACAAGAGUUCUGUAUAUGCUACUACACAACAUAUGUCUUCUUUGUUGGCCACCACCAGACUACUCCUGGGUUGAUUUUGACCACAGUCAACACAAUGAUAACUGAGUACAGAUAAUGUAGUAGAGGUUACCUGCAGUCCUAUGUAAAGUAACACCACAGAUAACAUAGUGAUAACACUCUGAUUGUUGGUAAUUUAGUACAGUAGAUUCUACCUACAGUGGCCUGUGCCUGUUCCAUGGGGCUCCAAAUUAGUGUCUCUUCCUCCUUCUUGCUGUGCUGAAGUUGCUCCUCUUCUAUUAGCAGCAGCAUGGCAAGAGGGAGAAGACGGCGCCAGCUUGGAGCCCUGUACAGAACUACGUUAAGACUGAGCUGUGGCAUGUGUCUGUUCCAAGUUCUAGGGCCACCCACUCCAUCAAUGCACACACUGAAAAUUUUAAUCAUUGUCAGGGGGUUUUGAUCUAGAAUUUAGAACAGGCACAGUGUAACCUGAGGUCCGGCGGUGAUCACUCCUACAGAGGCCUUGAGCGGGUGCACUCUUCUCCCGUACACAAUUAACAUCUGUGCCCUUGGUGGACACCUCUCCUCAGUGGACCCUAGGCAGCCACCCACCUGCUAGCUACACCUCUGGGUAAGGGUAUCAUCCUGUAAGAUGUAAUUACCAAGCACUGUACAGUGAAGCAAAGUACGGUAUGGCAAUUCAUUAGCAGCAGCAGCAGUAAACCAUUAAAUUAAACUAAAUAUUCAGUAUACAACAUAACUGUAAUGUUAAUAGACCUAAUUGGGAUGUGUCAUUUAAGAAUUUUGAAUUCUUUUUAAUUCCGUUUUUAAAUAUAUUGCUUUGUAAUUUGCAAAAAAAAAAAUAAUCCUAAAAUUAUUGAUAUUCUACAUUGUUGCAGAACUAUGACAAGCCUAACCCAAAUAACUUAAAGCAAAUGAUCAAUAAUUCAUUACAACCUGAAAAGGUUAUUGAUAUCAGUAUUGUAAACAUUUCAGUCAAUAUAGCUUAAAUAUAGGAAUGUAUGCUAAAUUCAGUGUCAGCAUUGACAUAGUGCAUCAAACCUAUUGUGUAUAUGUUUUUCUAUGAAGCACUGUAGAUCACUCAGCUAUGCUGAGUUCUAUGAGACAAUGAACUUGUUUUGCCCCUUUUGAUACAUUUUUCAGUCAGUCAGUAAAUAUCUUUGGACUUAUAAUUACAGAAGAUCUCUUCUUACACCACAGCUAUUAUGACAAGAAUAUUGUGUAAAUUUGUGUAACAACACUAAUAAGUGAAAUCAACUUUAAUUUAAAGGAAUUUUCCAGAGCUGAUCAACCCAAAGCUCCAAAGAACCUGUGCCCAAUUUAGAAACAAAAAAAGGGUCACCUGUUCAGAAUCCCCCAAUUUCCACAGUGCUGCCCCCUUCCUAGCAGCUUUUUGUCCUUGUUGGAUUAGAAGGGGCUUAGUCCUGUAACUGCUAUAGCCAUUCAGUGGGCACUCAUGCUAGAACAGCACGUCUCUAAGUGCUAACAUGUGACUGCUUAGGCCAGUGAUUGGCCAGAUAAGUCAUGAGACCAAGCCACUGCCCAUCUGGCGGAUGGGACAGCAGCGACGCAAAGGCAGGACUGUGGACAGAUAAGUGUUUUUUUUUUAACUUGGACACAGGUUUAAAGCAUUGGUUUGGUUGGCUCCUAGGCCGGCAAACCCCUUUAUGUUGUAGAACGGUUGAAGACAUGAUACUAUUAUCAAACAUUUUAGCAGCAUUUUGUGCUGUUUAAAUUAAUGUAUUUGUAGUGCUGACUUUCAAUUUAUCUAAAAUGCACUUUACUUUUUCUUUGGUUUAUUACAGGUAAGCAACUUCAGUGGGUUAGUACACUAAUGAGUAGCUUUGUCUAUGGUUCCAUAUCCAAGGAGGUCAUGUGAUAGAGGGGAAAAUGAGAUAUAUAAAUUUGACUGAAUAUAUGCAUGUAAAAACACUGCAUAUAGUAUAUAGUACUCAUAUAGAAAGUCGUGCAUUCAUUCACAAGUCUCCCUAUUUACAGAUUUUACAAACUCAUGAACUCGCUCAGAAAUAUUUUGAAUCCCACUUUAUUGGCAGGGGAAAUAACUAAUCUUACUGCUUUCUACAUGUACCGAAUCUCGUUGAAAAUUAUAUCUCCCUUGAGCUUAUUACAUACAACUCUGUUAUAUGCUGCCCUCCUAGCACAAUGUCAAAUCCACUUUAAUACUAUGAGAGUAGGAGAAUGAUGGCUGGUAUUUGGGGUUAAACAAAGCCAUAUGGCAUUGGUGCUAAGAUCAGUUUGUCAGAUUCAGGGGAACACCUGCAGAUACCUUUCUCCCAUUAUUUAUUCUGUCAGGACUUGAAUUUAAGACUUCUUGGUGCUUUAGAGCCAUUUUAUAUCUGUAAAUGACCCUAACGAAUGGGCUGAAGGAAUAUUAUACUGCUGACAAAAAUACCUGCCUGCAAGACAUGGAUCUGUGCCUCCUAUGGUUACCCCCACUAUGACUAUUAUGAAUGUUUAUUAAAAAAAUCGAAUAAGUCGAUUCUUGACGUACAAAUAUCAAUCAAUAGCUCUGAUCAUGUGCUGUUGUAUUAUAUAGAUAGAUCGAUAGAGUAAUUUGAAAUGGUUAGGACAUUUCACCAUCUUCAUUUGGCCACUACCAGUAGAUGUACAGUAGCUUGUUUCCCAGUAUAUCAAUAUUGAACAUAAAACUUUAUUUAAUAUUGCUAAAUCUGUCAUUUUCCAAUUUCUAUUAAUGAACAGAAAAUAAAGCAAUUAUAUUAACUUUU